AUGAGAUCGAAUCCAAACAGGAGAAAUCCCUAUUUUUGGUGCGAGUUUCACAACGAUCACGGUCACAAAAUAGCGGAAUGCAGAUUGCUACAAGGUGAAGUAGAGCAUCUAUUAAAACAAGGUUAUUUAACAGAAUUGUUUAGUGAAAAAGGAAAGCAAGCAUACAUGAAGAAUAGGCAAGAACCUCCAAAAUCUCCAUCACCAAAGAGAACGGUUAUUGUCAUAAGUGGAGGGGAGGAGAUUAAUGGCGUAACAUAUACGGCAGUAAAGAAGGUGUCAAAAAUCACAGUCACCCACGGGAAGCGAGUUCGUCAAGUUUUGGAAGAAGAUAGUAUAACAUUUGAUGAUGCAUAUGUAGAUGGCGUGCAGGCCCUACACAAUGAUGCAUUGGUAAUAUCUUUACUUGUACACGAUACUAACGUAAAACAAGUUUUGAUUGAUCCCGGUAGUUCUGUAAAUCAUUCUGUUAAGAGUGGUAAACGAGAUGCAAGCCAAUGA